AUGGUGAUGAUAUUGAUUAUUGAUUUGUUGAAGCCGCUAAAGAAGGCGACAAAACGGCUUGAAGCUCGCAGUAAAGCUGGCCGUUUCGGCGCGAUAUACGAGGUUAUACCUGUCUUCGAAGCUGUACUUGCCGUGUACGAGCAGCUACUUAAAAACCACGAAAGCGUUAACUAUAAUGCCAAUAGCGCGCCAGAAGAUCACCUUCCUAUUAACCUACGCGCAGCUUAG